UACAAUAGUACAAUACAAUCCCUCUACAUAACAUCUCUCUUCUCUCUCACUUCUUCUGACUGAUUAGCCUUUUGGUCCCUCUGUUUCACUUCCCUUUUGUUUUCUUCCUCUCACACCAUUUAUCUCUCUUCUUUCUUUCUCAAAUAUUCUCUUUCGGGUACAUCCUUUUGCUUCAGGUUCAGGGUGCUACCUACCUUCUUUUCUUUUCUUUUCUUUUUUUUCCCUUUAAUAGGGAUUCAUUCAAUCUUCUCUUCCGGGUUUUUCUCCCAAGAUUCUCUCAUUAUUUCUUUCUUUCACCAUCCCAAUUCUCCCUUCAAUUCAUCUUUUUUUUUUUCUUACUUUGUAUUUUUGAGAGCCACGUCAAUUAUUCAAAAUUCAUUCAUUGCUCUUUGUUUUGAUCAUUCUGUUCUUCCUCUUCUAUAAAAGAGAUCAGCUAUGGUAAUUAUAAAUGAUGAUGGUGUUUGUUACUACCGAGAUUGACACGGCUUGGAUAGAUGUAUGUUCAUUUUAGUUGGGGAGCACUAUUGAAAAUUGGUCAGAUUGUGCGGCCCUUCAAAGUUGGAUCUUGAUCUUGACUUGGAAUUGCAACACAUGUGAGUAACUGAAUGAUCCAAUCUAAAUAUAAAAAUUGAAUUGAGGGUUUGAAAUGGUGAGAGAGUGAUUCUGACAUGGAACUGUUGUUUAAUUGCAAGUUGUCUCAAUUAAUGGGUGGUGGUGGUGGCACUGUGAAAUCAUUGACUUGCAAAUUUGUGUUUCUUCUUGUUACUCUUUUGAUUCUUAGAGCUCUGUUGGUUCCUCCUUCCCCUGGCUUUGGUGGGGUUGUUGAAUGGAGCAAUUUUGUGUAUAUUAGGAACCAUUCUCCAUCAUUUGGUAUUGGGGUUAGACAAGACAAGUUUUUGGAGGUUCCUCAGAUUGUGUGGGGAUUGAACAACCAGAAGAUUGCAUUUGCAAGGGCUUGCCUCACUGCUAGAAGGAUGAAUCGAAUUCUAUUGAUGCCUAGUCUUAGUGCCUCCUUGUUUUACAAAGAAAUUAACCUCUUGCAACCAAUUUCCUUUGACAAGGUGUUCCAAUUUGACAAGUUUAAUCAACUUUGCAGUGGAUUUGUGCAGCUAGGUCAGUAUUCGGAUCUCUCGAACCAAACUCGAGUGCUUGAGAUGCAGAAAGGGAGUGGUAGGAAGUGGACAUUGGAGAGGGAUUUGGAUCAAUUGAGAGAGCAUAGCAAAGGGGAAUUUGAUGAGCAUGAGGUGAUUAGGAUAGUGGGGAAAAACCCUUUCUUGUGGCAUGAUCAUUGGCCUGUGAAGGACUAUGCAAAGGUUUUUGAGUGCUUAGUUUUGAUAGAUGAGAUUGGUCAAGAAGCAGAUAGAGUUGUGUCAAGGAUUAGAGCAGUUGGAAGAGAAACACAAAGCAAUAAUGAAUCAAUGGAAUUGGAUAAUAAUGAUAGUUCUUCUUUUCAGCCUCUUCCUUAUGUUGCUGUCCACAUGAGGGUGGAAAUUGAUUGGAUGAUUCAUUGCAAAAAAUUGGAGCAGAGAUUGAACACAAACCAAAUUUGUAGUAGCAAGAAAGAGAUAAUGGAAAGAGUAAGCAACAUCAAAGGGUUGAAGACUCCAUCUGUUGUUUAUCUUGCAGUGGCUGAUAAACUCCUUCAAAAUUCUUCAGUACUUGAAGGUUGGGAAGAAGGCUUUCUACCUUACGAGAAGAAUAAACUUGGUGUUGAUGGAAUUUACAAGAAGUAUCCAUAUCUGAUUCAAUCAGCAAUUGACUAUGAAGUGUGCUUGAGGGCUGAUAUCUUUGUAGGGAACAGUUUCUCCACAUUUUCAACACUUAUAGUUCUUGAAAGAACACAAAAAAUGAUCACAAUGGGUAUCAACAUGUGUGGAAAAGAUGUAAGAUGGCCCUCUUAUGCUUACAAUAUACAACAAGGAGAAUCAAAUGGCCCUAUGAGAUGGGUCACAAAUAUGUCUCAUUCAACCCUUCAAGAAAUCAGCUAUGGCACCAACCACAUAAUCUCUUGUUGACUAUGCAAUGUCUUUUCUCUUGUCUCAAUUUUCUCUCUUUUGGAUUUUCGUUAGCACACUUAAUUCUUUUCACAAUUUUUUUAUGUAGAGAAUUCAACAAUGGUACAUAGCUGUUCACAGUACAGUGAGGAACAGUUUCUCAUUAUUCUCAUCAUUUUAACUCUUGAUAGUUAAUAUAAUGUAUUAUUGUGAAACAUUCUAUGGAUGGACUAUGUUAAUAUUGCGUAAAAAGGAUUUUUUGGUUUCCUUGUUA